AUGGCCGAUCGCGAUAUCCUCCCCGACAAUGUCAAGCCUGUCCACUACAGCGUCUCGCUGCGGGACCUCGAGUUCAAGACCUGGACCUACAAGGGCACUGUGACCAUCGACUCUGAGAUUGUCAAGCCCACCAAGGAGAUCACUCUCAACACCCUCGAGCUCAAGCUGUCGCACGCCAAGGUCACCGUCGACCAUACCAAGUCCUCCCAGGCCCUCGAGUCCUCCAACAUUAGCUACGAUGAGCGGGCACAGCGAGCCACCGUCACCUUCGACCAGGAGCUGCCCGUCUCCAAGAAGGCCUCGGUCACCAUCGAGUUCGAGGGUAUCAUGAACAACGAGAUGGCCGGCUUCUACCGCAGCAAGUACAAGCCCGUCGCCACGCCCUCCGAGUCGGUCCCUCGCGACGACGAGUGGCACUACAUGUUCAGCACUCAGUUCGAGUCGUGUGACGCCCGCCGCGCCUUCCCCUGCUUCGACGAGCCCAACCUCAAGGCCACCUUUGACUUUGAGAUUGAGGUCCCCGUCGACCAGGUUGCCCUCAGCAACAUGCCCGUCAAGGACACCAAGCCCACCAAGUCGGGCUGGAACAUGGUCUCGUUCGAGCGGACGCCCAUCAUGAGCACCUACUUGCUCGCUUGGGCCGUUGGCGACUUCGAGUACGUCGAGGCCCACACUGAGCGACGGUACAAUGGCAAGCAGCUGCCGGUCCGCGUCUACACUACCCGUGGCCUUAAGGAGCAGGGUCGCUGGGCUCUUGAGCACGCCCAUAAGAUCAUCGACUUCUUCUCCGAGAUCUUCGACAUUGACUACCCUCUCCCCAAGUCCGACCUGAUUGCCGUCCAUGAAUUUACGCACGGCGCCAUGGAGAACUGGGGUCUCGUCACCUACCGCACUACCCAGGUUCUCUUCGACGAGAAGACGUCCGAUGCUCGCUUCAAGAACGCCGUUGCUUACGUCGUCGCCCACGAAUUGGCUCACCAGUGGUUCGGCAACCUCGUCACUAUGGACUGGUGGGAUGAGCUCUGGCUCAACGAGGGCUUUGCCACCUGGGUCGGGUGGUAUGCCAUUGACCACCUGCACCCUGACUGGGAGGUCUGGGCUCAGUUCGUCAACGAGGGCAUGGAGGCGGCUUUCCACCUCGACGCCAUCCGUGCCAGCCACCCGAUUCACGUUCCUGUUCGCGAUGCGCUCGACGUGAACCAGAUCUUUGACUCCAUCAGCUACCUCAAGGGCUGCUCGGCGAUUCGCAUGCUUGCAAACCACCUGGGCGUCAAGACCUUCCUCAAGGGUGUUUCCAACUAUCUCAAGGCUCACGCUUACGGCAACGCCAAGACCAAGGCUCUCUGGGACGCCCUGUCGGAGGCCUCGGGCAAGGACGUGAACACCCUCAUGGGUCCUUGGAUCACCAAGAUUGGUCAUCCCGUCUUGACCGUCGCCGAAGAGCCUGGGCAGAUUUCCAUCAAGCAGUCCCGAUUCCUGUCGACUGGCGACGUCAAGCCCGAGGACGACACCACCACCUGGUGGGUGCCUCUCGGACUUGAGGGCAAGAAGGGCCAGGCUGGCAUCGCCGACCUCUCGUUGACGCAAAAGGACGACACCAUUCGCGAGAUUGACGACGACUUCUACAAGCUGAACAGCGGCGCCACCGGCUUUUAUCGCGUCAACUACCCGCCUGCACGUCUGGCCAAGCUCAGCACUCAGCUCGACAAGCUGAGCACCGAGGACAAGAUCGCCAUCAUCGGCUCCACCGCUGACCUCGCCUUCUCUGGCGAUGGCACGACUGCCUCACUCCUGACGUUCCUCGAGGGCUUCAGCAAUGAGACGCACCCGCUCGUUUGGACUCAGGUGCUCGACACCAUCUCCAGUGUCAAGGGUGUCUUCUCCGAAGACAAGGAGAUCAAGAAGGGCCUGGAGAACUUUGCUUUGAAGCUGAUUGCCAACAAGGUUAAGGAGAUUGGCUGGGAAUUCCCCGAAGGCGAGGGCUACCUGGCGGGCCUCUUGCGCAAGCAGCUCAUUGGUGUUGCUGCUGCCAACGGCCACGACGAGACCAUUGAGGAGGCGCUCAAGCGCUUCAACUCUUGGGCACAGAACCCCGAGACCAACCCGAUCCACCCUUCGCUCAGAGUCCCUGUUUGGCGCAACGCCGUCCGCAAGGACUCGGCUCGUGCCAUCGACAUUCUCAAGAAGGAAUGGUUCACGACCAAGUCCAUUGACGGCAAGCUCAUCUGCCUUCAGGCUCUGUCGGCUACCGAAGACGAGGAGCUUCUUCGCAAGGCCAUUGUCCCCUUCAACUUCAACACCUCACCCCCUGAAAAUGCCGUUCCCGCCGCCGAUAUGCACGUCCUUGGCCUCCACCUCGCCGCCAACCCCGUUGGUCGUGCCGUGCAGUGGGAGUACAUGAAGAACGACUGGGAUGCCUGCCUGUCCAAGCUUGGCAACCCCAUUGUCGUCGACCGCUUUGUCCGCGUCAGCUUGGGUGGCUUCACCAAUGCGGCCGUCAUUGACGAGAUCGACGCCUUCUUCAAGGACAAGGACACGAGCAGCUUCAACCGCACUCUUGGCACCGUCAAGGACAAGAUUCGCGGUCGCGCCUCGUACAAGCAGCGGGACUCAGCGGCCCUCAAGGAGUGGCUCAGCGCCAACAAGUACUUGUGA